AAGGCAUGCAUUUGACACAAACUGCAAGACUGACCUUGUAGUUAACAAUUUAUCUGAGGUGUUCAACAAGUAUGUCCUAGAUGUUAGGAAGAAACCAAUUAGGACAAUGUGUGAUGGAAUAAAGGAUAAGUAGAUGGUGAUGUGGCAUAGGAAUAGGGAGAGUGGAAAGAAAGCUAGAUGGGACAUAACACCCCAUUAUAGUGAGAAGCUAGAGGUUGAGAAGGAGAGGGCCAAAUAUUGCAAACCAAUUCAAGCUGGUGUGGACUUGUGGCAAGUUACAAGUGGGCAGCAAACCCAUGUUGUUAACUUGCAAAUGCACACAUGUGGGUGCAGAAAAUGGGACCUAAGUGGCAUCCCAUGUAACCAUGCCAUCUCAGCAAUAAAUAAGGCCAAAAGAAAACCAGAGGAUUAUGUCAGCAAGUUCUUCAAGAAAGAAAUUUAUCUGGCAGCUUAUGAACCAAUGAUCUAUCCAGUUCCUGGUGAGCAUGACUGGACAAGGACCCCUGGUCCAGACAUUGACCCACCUGCAUUUAAAGUGAAGAGAGGAAGAAAGAAAGAGAAGAGGAUCAAGGGGAAAUUUGAAGUCCCAAAGCCUAAGGAGACAUCAAGAAUGGGGACUAUAACAUGUGGCAAUUGUGGACUGCAAGGACAUAGGUACACAAGCUGCAACAAGCAGUUGAAGCCUGAGCUGGCUUUGAGGAAGAACAAACAUGUGCCUCUUGCAAGGAAUUCCAAUGCUGGUGCUGCUGCUACUACACAAGCAUCAACAACUUCUCAUCCAACUCCUACAACAACACCAACAGCUGGAACAGGAGCUGGGAGAGGAGCUGGGAGAGGAGCUGGGAGAGGAGCUGGGAGAGGGGCUGCAACUGCAGCUGCUGGGACUGGUGCUGCUAGAGGUGCUGCACCAGGUGCUGGGAGAGGUGCUGGGAGAGGGAGAGGUACAUUCUCUGCCCCAAGGCAAUCUGGUCCCUCCACAUCUACUGCUCCCUCUACAUCUACUGCUACUCCACCUUCUGGUGGUAGAAACAGAGGAUGGAGAGCCUACUUCUAUGCAAGUGGUAACCACUAA